AGUGGCUCUGCUCCGUGUCUCACCAAGGGCCUGCUGGUCCCACCACCUGCCUCGCUGCCUCUCCAACCAGGUCAAACUCUUCGGCUUGACUGGGAAGCCGAGGGACAUCCAUCGGGCUCAGUGCACCAAGCCAGGGCCAGGAGGAAGCCACGCAGGGCAUGACUGAUCUCCCAGCUGUGUUUCCCAGGCCAGGUCUGUGCUGCUGUGUGGGAAGGUGGUAGGAUGGCUCGGAGGAUGAGCAUCAAUGAGCUGGAGGACCAGCUACUCUGUCCCAUCUGCUUGGAGGUCUUCAAAGAGCCCCUGAUGCUGCAGUGUGGGCAUUCGUACUGCAAGUCCUGCGUGGUGUCACUCUCUGGGGAGCUGGAUGGGCGGUUCCUGUGCCCUGUGUGCCGCCAGAUGGUAGACUGCAGUGCCUUAUCACCCAACGUCACACUGGCCUGUGUCAUCGAGGCACUGCAGAGCCUGUGCGAGGCAGAGCUGAGCCCGGAGUCCUGCCCAACACACCACAACCCCCUCAGCCUCUUCUGUGAGGCUGACCAAGAGGUGAUCUGCGGGCUGUGUGGCACCAUUGGCAACCACCGCCAGCACAAGAUCACCCCCAUCUCUACUGCAUACUGCCAGAUGAAGGAGGAGCUGUCUGUGCUGCUGACCAAUCUCCACCAGUACAAGAGGAACCUGGAUGAACACAUCAGCAAGCUCAUCAACAACAAAAGCCGCAUUGCAAACGAGGCAGAUGUCUUCAAGUGGGUGAUCCGGAAGGAGUUCCAGGAGCUGCACAGGUACAUUGACGAGGAGAAGGCCACUUUCCUGGAGAGCAUUGAGAGGAAGGCAACACAGCUCAUCACCUCUAUUGAGUCCCAGGUCAAGCAGACAUCAGAUGCCCUGCAGAGGCUUAAGGAGAUGCAGAGCUCUCUGGAGGCACUCAGCAAUGAAAGUCAGCUUGGUUUCAUCCAGAAAUACAGCUCCUCCCAGUUCAGGUCAGAGCUCCUCAGCCUGCACCCUGGUGAUGGCGUCUUUAGCCCCGUGUCCUUUAAGCCAUGCUUCCACCAGGAUGACAUCAAGAUGACUGUGUGGAAGCGCCUGCACCGCCGUGUCCUACCAGCUCCAGAGACGCUGAAACUGGACCCAGUGACAGCACAUCCUCUCCUGGAGCUCUUCAAGGGCGACACGAUGGUGCGGUGUGGCCUCUACCAGCACCGGGACAGCAACCCCAAGCGUUUUGACUCCAGCAAUUGCAUCCUCACCUGCAAGGGCUUCUCCUGUGGCCAGCACUACUGGGAGGUGAUUGUGGGCGCCAGGAACCACUGGCGUGUGGGCAUCAUCAAGGGCACGGUCAGCCGCAAAGGGAAGCUGAGCAAGUCUCCUGAGAAUGGCGUGUGGCUCAUUGGUCUGAAGGAAGGGAAGGUCUACGAGGCCUUUAGCAUGCCACGGGCUACCCUGCCUCUGACCACCCGGCCCCAGCGCAUUGGCAUCUACCUGCACUACGAGAAGGGUGAGCUGAGCUUCUACAAUGCUGACAACCCUGAUGAGCUCAGCCCCAUCUACACCUUCCAGGCAGAGUUCCAGGGGCAGCUCUACCCCAUUGUGGACCUGUGCUGGCCUGAGCGAGGGCCCUGUUCCCCUCCCAUCAUCCUGCCUGUGCCCACUGCGAGCAGGCACCCUCAGGCGCUGAACAGCCAUCCUGCCCCCAAGGAACCCACAAAGCCAUAGCCUGGCCAGCGGCAUGAGGGUUUGGCUGCAGCAAGCUGCAUGCAGGCUUGUGCUCGUAUGGAAGCUAUGGUACUGCGGGGUAAUGUUUAGCAGCAUAAAAUGUCAGCCUUGACCUCUGAAUUCCUGUCCCCAGUUUGGCAGGCUGAGCCCAAACCCUAAAACAUGGCUGGCCUGCAGAAUUCUCCCAAUGGAAGGGGGUGCCUGCCUGAAAAGUGUGAGCCAUGAGCAUCCGGGGGCUUUGCUGCUGCAUCUUUCCUCUGAAUAAAUGGAGUUUGUGCUAAA